CCUGCUCUCCUCUUUCCGUUUGUGACGGAGGUAAAUCUCCCUGCUUGAUGCUGAUGGUUUGGGCCUGUACAUGUUGUUGUUCAUCCAGCCUCCCAUCAUUCCACGGAGAGAAACAGAGAGUCUCUUUUGAAAUGGUCUAUUUCUCCAUCACUCCCUCGUUCGUUCGGGACCGGAUCGUGUCGGCAUUUCUAAUCUAAAUCAUCUGUUCUGAUUUCUGGUUGGUCGAUCUACAUUAAGGGGACAGAACCACAGCAGUCUGCUGCUAGCAGCGGAAAGUACUUAUGGCGAUGACCCCCCACACCGCUGAGGUAGCUCGUCUCUACCAGACAGAGUUUAUCCGUAGCGCCCGGGCGGUGGGCGUCCUCUGGGCUGUGUGCACCCUCUGCUUCGCCAUCAUCGAGGUUGUCAUCCUAAUACAGCCCUCCUGGGUGGGCACCAGAGAGGUUCACUACCAGGGAGGGGGCCCCGUGCCAAAGACAGGCACCCUGGGACUGUUCGAGGUGUGUGUGGAGUCUGACUGGCCGGUCCCAGAGUGUCGUGGCUCCCUGAGCACUCUGACCCCUCUCCCAGCCUUCCAGUCCCCUGCUGUGCUGGUUUGCAUGUCCCUGACCAUGGUCUGGAGCAGCGUCGGCUGCCUCUCGCUCUUCAGAUUCUGCAACGCCGCCACCGUCUACAAAAUCUGUGCUUGGCUGCAGCUUACUGCAGGGUUCUGCCUGGCUCUUGCCUGCGUGCUGUUCCCUGACUCGUGGGAUUGUGCGGACAUGCGGGACCUGUGUGGUGAUGGGGUGACCAGUUUCUCCUCUGGAAACUGCUCUGUGCACUGGGCCUUUGUCCUGGCCCUGUUGGGGGUCUUGGAUGCUGCCAUCCUGGCCACUCUGGCCUUUGUACUGGGCAACCGACAGGACGCUCUGCUUCCAGAGGACACCAAGGAUGGUGAGAAUAGCACAAUAUACUACAAUAUCCAUAAUGCCUUGUGUAACAUAUCCUCUUAUUCCUGUUAUUGUUAUUGACCGUACGCUUGUUUUACUCCAUGUGUAACUCUGUGUUGUUGUUUUUGUCACACUGCUUUGCUUUAUCUUGGCCAGGUCGCAAUUGUAAAUGAGAACUUGUUCUCAACUAGCCUACCUGGUUAAAUAAAGGUGAAAUAAAAUAAAAAUGUAAAAUUAAAAAAUUCUACUCAUAUGUCCCGAUAGCAAGGACGGUGAGGAUAGCAUUUGUAGUCAAACACAUCACACACAUCACAUCUCCACAGUUUGUUGUUGUUGUUACAGCCUGAAUUUAAAAUGGAUUUACAUGUUGUGUCACUGGCCUAAACACAAUACCGCAUAACGUCAAAGUGGAUUUAUGUUUUUAAGACAUUUUUACAAAUUAAUUGAAAUGAAAAGCUGAAAUGUCUUGAGUCAGUAAGUAUUGGCAAGCCUAACUAAGUUCAGGAGUAAAAAUGUGCCUAACAAUAUGUUGCAUGAACUCUGCGUGCAAUAAUAGUGUUUAACAAGAUUUUUGAAUGACCCCCAAACAUACAGUUAUCUGUAAGGUCUCUCAGUCGAGCAGUGAAUUUCAAACACAGAUUCAACCACAAAGACCAGGUAGGUUUUCCAAAGUCUCACAAAGGAGGGCACCUAUUGGUAGAUGGGUACAAAUAAAAAAAAAAGCAGCCAUCUUUGAGCAUGGUGAAGUUAUUAAUUACACUUUGGAUGGUGUAUCACUACACCCAGUCACUACAGAGAUACAGGCGUCCUUCCUAACUCAGUUGCGGGAGAGGAAGGAAACUGCUCAAGGAUUUCACCAUGAGGCCAAUGGUGACUUUAAAACAGUUUCAGUGUUUAAUGACUGUGAUAGGAGAAAACUGAGGAUGACAUUCAUCAGAAACUUCCUUCAUUCACCGUGGAGCUUUGUCCACCAAACUGAUCAGAAAAUGUUUCUAGCAUGUUACGUAGCCGAGUAAUGAAUUAUUUUGCUCUUCACUCGCGUAGUAGCCUAGGCUACGCAUUAUCUAAUGUCGGUUGCUAAUGAUAAAGAACAGAACAUCUGUCCCUUCUGUCAGUGUGCACAAGGAAGCAGGAGGGUCGAAGUCAGGCGCAGCAGACACAAGUCCGUGAACACACAUAACUUUAAUAAUUAUCCACACGUUGCCAAGAAAACAGAUAAGGCAGGGCAAGGCAAAACAAACGCCCAAACAAACAGCCCGCACGCAGCUUAGGGACGCAGCCCACAAACACGCUGCACCAAAACCCACAGGCAGAGGUAAAAAAAAACACCUGUACCUCUGAACAAAACACCUGUACCUCUGAACAAAACACCUGUACCUCUGAACAAAACACCUGACAACAAAUAAUCACUCACACAGCACAACCUACACAGAACGACUAAAUACCUUCCCCCACUAAUGAACUAAUACUGAACAGGUUCCAACUAAACUAGACCUGACCGACAGAAAGUAAAAGAGGAUCGGUGGCAGCUACUUGGCCGGCGACGACGAUCGCAGAGCGCCGCCCGGGCGAGGAGGGGCGCCACCUUCCGUCGAUGUUGUGACACCUUCAGACUGUAACAACCCUCUUGUCUAAUGUUGGUUACUAAUGGUAAAGAACAGACAUCUGUCCCUUCAGACUGUAACAACCCUCUUGUCUAAUGUUGGUUACUAAUGGUAAAGAACAGACAUCUGUCCCUUCAGACUUUAACAACCCUUGUGUUUCUUGUCUUCCC